GGUCGCAUUUGGUGCCUUGUCUUGGUCACCCAGUUAUUGGAAGGUUGUCAUUAAGCUUGGAAAAGUACAGAGAAGAUAUGAGGAGGAUGAGCAGGCCAGGACUUUAUGCCUUGGUGUGCAGAAUGCUGAGGGCUGAUUUUAUAAAAGUGUAUAAUGUCAUGAAUGGAAUAGGUAGGGCAAAUGUACACUUUUAGACACAGUAGAGUAAUCAAGAACCAGGGGACAUAGGUUUAAGGUGAGAGGGUAGGAUGAAAAGAAACCUGAGCGGCAACUUAUUCUCACUGAGGGUGGUGGGAAUUUUGGAUAGGAAGAUGGAUAGGGAAGAUGGAUACGGAAGGUUUAAUGGGAUAUGGGCCAAAUGCAGGCAGGUGGGACUAGUGUAGACAGGGCAUCUUGGUUAGCAUUGACAAGUUGGACUGAAGGGUAUGAUUCUGUGCUGUAUGAUGCAAUGACUCAUGACUUCAAGUUGUGCCCACUCAUUCACUCAUUGGACACUUUCCCAUGGGAUGAAUCGAGGCAGUAACCAAACUUCUUUACAUGUAUUCCAGGAAUCAGCUGUCAGCGGUACUGACCACAACCACAUGGCAAGCAUCCAAUACAUGUACGUGCACCUCUCCCUCUCAACAUGAAGUUGUGUCACAGAUCAGAGCCACAGUGGGGUAGGGAAGAUAUCUCUGAUCGGGCGGGGGAGGUGAACUUCAUCACCUCCUCCGCUCACUCCACUACCUCCCCCUCAUCACCUGAUGCUGAUUGAUGUCAACACACAGAUCAAUGGCAGCUCUCUGAGUAUUGGAUGGCAGCAGAGAUUGCUCCACCCCCUCAGUUCCAUCCUGCGAUUGACAGUGACUGGGUUCUGCAGAGUAUAAAUUGCAGCAUCUUGUGCCCAGGGUGUUGGAUUCCCCCUGAGGUGAAACCGGCUUGUUGGAGAUGGACACAGUUGGAGACAGGAUGAAGCCCUUCGCAACAAUUGUGUUUGUGAUGUGCAUUUACCUGUCAGGAUCGGACAGUGCAGGAUUGUAUGGAAAAUCAGUGAAAUUCCCAACCGAGACAGACAACAGCUUCGUCAGGUUGAAUGCACGUGAUUUCACCAGAUUGACCGCCUUUACUGUCUGUUUCAGGGCAGCCACUGAAAAUACUUACCAAAGUUUGUUCUCCUACGCAACAAGCUCUUCCGCCAACGAACUACUGAUUUGGCUAGAAAAAAAAACACAACUGUGGCUGUAUUUGGGAAGUUAUGAAUAUAAGUUUAACAUCCCAGAAAUGAAUUCUUCACCGAGACACAUCUGUGUGACCUGGGAGUCUAAAGAGGGUGAGAUAAUAAUCUGGGUCAAUGGGAGAUGCCAUGUACGGGAGGUUCAUGUAAAGGGUCAGGAUGUGACAGGGUCUGGUGAAUUUAUUCUAGGUCAGGACCAAGACUCAGUUGGUGGAGGUUUUGACGCCAGUCAGUCAUAUGUCGGAGAGAUAACUGAUGUUAAUAUGUGGGAUCGUGUUCUAAAACCCAAUGAGAUUACGUUGAUCAGUCAGAUUUGUUUCAAUGCUGGAGGGAACAUCAUUGACUGGGGAUCAACAACAUUUACAACAGGAGGGAACGUCAUAAUUGAAGACAAUAAUGAUUGUACACUUUAAAUGUUUUGGCUCCAAAAGGCAUUUAUAUGGCAUGAAAAUGACCUUGCAUUGCAAUCUUUCCUCUCUAAACCAGAUCAGUAGUAAAAGUAGUGGUGUUGAUUCCAGAAUAAAGGGUUGCUCACGUCGGGGUAAGGGACAACUCACUGUCCUUCCAGUUUCUCAUCACCCUCACUGACAGUGUAAUGGCUUCAAACUCAGUACACUAGAGUCUCGGCCAUUCUCCGUCACACAUUGAGAGAGGGAUGGGGAACGGGGAACCAUGGUGGAUGUCUACAGGGAUCAGCAGGGUGUAAACCCCAGGGCACUGCCCCACACACUGACCCUUGACUGAAGCCCAGGGACUGCUCAGAACAGACAAGUCCGCCCUCUUUAACCAGACUCCCCUCCUCGUCCAUUCUGCUGGAGCCCUUCCUCAAAUCCCACUGGGAACAGUUGGGCAUCCCAGUUAAAAAGUGCAGCAGUACAGAGCAGUGUCCAGAGCAUUUGGUGCCAUCUCUCUGACACACACAUGGAGACAAGAAAGUGUCAGGGGCACGGGGGUGGUGGUGAUGGGCAGACACGGACUGUGGGAAAGUCCCUGUGGUGGAGGCUGAUCCUGUCUUGAUUUAGAUUGUGCCGAUUGGAAUUAUUACUGUCACUCUCUGUAUUACCCUCUUGAUUUCACAUUGUUUGUUACACCAAGGUUUGGAAAGCUCACAAUGUGUUCUGUGCUUCCAGUGAUUGUGAUUGAACUGUAACAUUGCAGUUUCAUCAGCUUAAUAAACGAGCAUCAAAACAACAAA